GUAGAAGGCUGCAGCCCUCCCAUGUUGGACUCCUGAGGACAGUCACUGCACACACCCAGCAUGGCCCGGCUCCGGCCCCCAGCCCUACCCUGCUGCUGCUGCCGCUGCCGCCGCUGCUAUUGCCCCCCGGGAGACGACACCCCCCAGGAGAGAGGCAGCCGCCAGCAGUGUGCUUUCCUGUACCGAGUGCUGCUCGCCCUGCUCACCGUGCACACUGCCCGCACACACACCGAGGCAUUCAUUCAGUCUGAAAAUGUCAUUGAAGUCCUUCGGUUCGAUGAAGGAGGCCUUUUAGAGACUGAAACAACCAUUGGCCUCGGCUCAUAUCAGCAGAAAAGUGUAUCCUUACACAGAGGGAAUUGCAGACCUAUAAGGUUUGAACCACCAAUGCUGGAUUUCCAUGAGCAGCCGGUGGGAAUGCCAAAAAUGGAAAAAGUUUACUUGCACAAUCCUAGUUCAGAAGAAACUAUAACUUUAGUAUCAAUAUCAGCAACAACAUCACAUUUUCAUGCAUCAUUUUUUCAAAAUAGAAAAAUUCUCCCAGGAGGGAAUACGUCAUUUGACGUGGUGUUUCUCGCACGAGUUGUGGGAAACGUAGAGAAUACUUUAUUUAUUAACACCUCUAAUCAUGGGGUAUUUACCUAUCAGGUUUUUGGAGUUGGAAUACCCAACCCAUAUAGACUGCGCCCUUUCAUUGGUGCAAGAGUUCCUGUAAAUAGCAGUUUUUCACCUUUAAUUAAUAUCCACAAUCCACAUAGUGAACCUUUACAGGUAGUAGAAAUGUAUUCAAGUGGGGGAGACCUGCACUUAGAGCUUCCAACAGGUCAGCAAGGAGGCACCAGGAAGCUGUGGGAAAUUCCACCCUAUGAAACGAAAGGUGUCAUGCGUGCUAGCUUCUCAUCACGAGAGGCAGACAAUCACACUGCCUUCAUUAGGAUUAAAACCAAUGCUUCAGACAGUGCUGAAUUUAUUAUUUUACCUGUGGAGGUAGAAGUCACCACAGCUCCUGGAAUUUAUUCAUCAACAGAGAUGCUAGAUUUUGGCACAUUACGGACACAAGAUGUUCCCAAAGUUUUAAAUCUCCAUCUACUUAAUUCGGGAACAAAAGAUGUACCGAUAACUAGUGUUCGAUCAGCACCACAGAAUGAGGCAAUAACUGUUCACUUCAAGCCAAUAACACUGAAGGCAUCAGAGAACAAGUACACCAAAGUAGCAAGUAUAUGUUUUGAUGCAUCCAAAGCAAAGAAAUCAUCACAGUUGUAUGGGAAAAUCACUGUAAAAGCAAAAGAGAAAAGUUACUCAAAACUUGAAAUUCCAUAUCAGGCAGAAGUUUUGGAUGGGUAUUUGGGCUUUGAUCAUGCAGCUACACUAUUUCACAUCAGGGACAGUCCACCUGACCCAGUGGAAAGAGCGAUCUUGCUGACCAACACGUUUAACUUUGCGGUUCUUAUGCAUGAUGUCUUGUUACCUGAAGAUGCAAAAGAAAUGUUUAAAAUCCAGAACUUCAGUUCAAAUGUAUUAAUCCUACCUGGUGAAUCCCGAUAUAUAUUUUCGCUACUGUUCACACCAUCCACCUCAUCUGUCCAUAUUGACAGCAAUAUAUUACUGAUCACCAAUGCAUCCAAAUUCCACCUCCCUGUCCGAGCAUACACAGGUUUCUUAGAAUAUUUUGUUUUGCCCCUGAAACAAGAGGAGCGUGUAAUAGAUUUUGGAAUCCUCAGUGCUGCAGAAUCUUGCAGUCUUCUCAUUGCAAUUAUAAAUAGCAACCCCAUAGAGCUGGUGCUCAAAAGUUGGCAUAUUAUUGGAGACAGUCUAGCUAUUGAACUGCUUACAACAGAAAAGGGCAACAGGACCUCCAUAACUGCAAGCCUUCCAGAGAUUGAAAACUCCACUGUAUCAGACCGUACUUCAGUUAUAUUAACUUCAGGCUAUUAUGCAGUGUUCCGUGUUACAAUAACUGCAAAAGAUCUCGAAGGAUCCUAUGAUGGAGGCAUACAAAUUACAACCGAUUAUGAGAUAUUGACUAUCCCUGUGAAGGCGUUGGUUGCUGUUGGUUCGUUGACCUGUUCUCCAAAACAGAUUUCGCUUCCACCUUCCUUUCCGGGAAAAACUGUCCACCAGAGUCUAAAUAUUAUGAGUUCCUUCUCACAGAAGGUGAAAAUACAGCAUAUUCGCUCCUUAUCGGAGGAUGUAAGAUUUUUUUAUAAGCGGUUAAGGAGCAAUAAAGACGAAUUAGAUCCUGGGAAAAAAUCAAAGAUAGCAAAUAUCUAUUUUGAUGCUGCUUUAAAUUGCGGAGACCACUGUUAUGUUGGACUUCCUUUUUUAUCAAAAAAUGAAGCUAGGAGCCAGCACCAUUUAGCAAUGCAAGAAGAUGCUUGGGACUUAGACUGGGAUAUUUAUGAGAAUUUAUAUAAGAAGUGGUCUGAGGUCCGUGAGAAUGCUCAUCAUAUGCCUCGGGCUAUUUUUGAGGUGGACACCGACCUCCAAAAAAAUGUAUUGUCUGAAGUAAAGACUGAGCUUGUAUGGCCUUCAAUUGUUAGCUCUUCACGUCACAUCCGCUUCCCUUUAACCAAUACCAACAGUUCUUCAGAAGAAGAAAUUGUGCUGGAAAACCCUUCAGAUGCCCCAGUAUAUGUCCAGUUUCUCCCACUGGCCUUGUAUUCUAAUUGUUCUUUGGUGCUAGAAAGAAUAAAAGAAAGAUUCAACAUUAGUAAAUCUCUAAAUCUAGACCUGAAAACCCUUGAAUUUAAAGUAUUUAGUAAUAAUGUACAUCCUGUGCAGAGCAGUCAAGGUUUUGUGGAGGGACCCUCCCGGCAGUCCGUACUUAACCUGCUUUUAAAGCCUGGAGAGAAAAAAAAUUUAAAAGUAAAAUUUACUCCAGUUCUGAAUGAAUCGGUGUCCUCGUUGCUAAUAGUUAGAAAUAAUUUAACAGUUAUCGAUUUAAUUAUGGUGGAAGGACAGGGUGCAGAUGAAAGCAUCAAAAUUGCAGGCAAAGCGCCUGGUCCCGGGAGCUCACUGAGGUUUAAAAUUACAGAAUCCUUUCUGAAAGACUGCUCUGACAAAAUAAAAUACAAAGAACCAAACUUUACCCUGAAAAGAACAUUCAAGGUGGAGAAUACAGGGCAUCUUCAGGUUACUAUAAAGUCGAUGGAAAUCAGUGGAUAUGCCUGUGAAGGAUAUGGCUUCAAGAUAGUAAAUUGUCAAGAGUUUGCACUAAGUCCUAAUGCCUCUAAGGAAAUUGUCAUAUUGUUUACACCAGAUUUCACCUCGUCACGAGUGAUUCGGGAAUUAAAAUUUGUAACAACAGGAGGCUCUGAAUUUGUUUUUAUACUGAAUGCAUCCCUCCCAUAUCAUAUGCUAGCUACAUGUGCGGAAGCACUUCCACGACCCAACUGGGAACUGGCACUUUACGUCAUCAUCUCAGGAAUAAUGAGCUUGCUGUUUCUCUUAGUUAUUGCAACAGCAUAUUUAGAAGCUCAAGGUAUAUGGGAACCGUUCAAAAGGCGUCUUUCUAUCGAAGCAUCAAACCCUCCCUUUCAUUUGGGUCGGCCGUUUGACCUCAGGAGGAUCGUUGGUAUUUCUUCAGAGAGCAACUUGAAUUCACUUGGGUCAGACUCCAGUCAUAGUUCGAACAGAGGUUUGUAUGCAGGAAGCAACUCUAAAGCAGGAUCUGGAAAUCACAAGCCCUCGAAUUCAGCAACACAGUUGCAUAAUAGUAGAAGCACGCCAGAUGUGGAUAUUGCACGAACAAAAACUAGCUCGACAACAACAAGCAGGAUAUCUGCACAUGCAUCUGUUGCACAGUCAUCCAUUAAAGCCUCUAGUGUUGCAGCAGAUUCCAGCACAGCUAAUCCCAGCCAGUCUUUGACCAGACGUGCCAGGGGAACCAAGCUGAAUCAGAAUGCUGCUGUGCCACAGACUCAAGUUUUACAAGAGCAGCUUGCAUCAACACAACUACCAGCAGUGCCUCAGCCGGAACCACCAGCAGAUAUUCCAGCGUCACGGACAGUGACAUGUAAUCCUUCCCAUCCAGAAUAUUUUGGGACAAGUAGCGGUAAUGUCCGGCAUAGCUCAGAUGAUUCAGAUAUAACUAGUCUCAUAGAAGUUAUGGACAAAGACUUUGACAAUUCUGAACCCGCUUCCUCAGAAGUGUUUACAGAGCAGCCACCAUCUCCAGCAGCAAAAAAUAAAGGGAAGGGAAAAUCUCUUCCUCAGAAAGCUAAACUUCCACGGAAGCAGGAAGAGAAAGAGAGAAGAGGCAAAGGUAAACCUCAGGAAGAUGAUCUCAAAGACUCUCUUGCUGAUGAUGACAGCUCCUCCACGACUACAGAAACUUCUAAUCCUGACACCGAACACCUUGUAAAAGAGGAGCCAGAAAAACUAAAAGGAAAACAAACCACACCUGAAAAGGUAGAGAAUGAAAUGUUUAAAGUGAAGCAGAAAAACAAGAAACUACUGGUUAACAAUAAAAAGGAAAAUGUGCCAGAGGUUAAACCAAGCUCAUUGGAGUUGCCAUAUACCACACCAUUGGAAAACAAACAAAGGAAAAGCUUCUCCAAACAUUCCGUGCAGCACAGUUUAGUAAAUGGAUCAAAGCCUAGACAUGUGCAGAAAACAAGAGGUACGACCAAUAAGUUAGUGGACAACAGACAAUCUGUGCUGGCGAAAUUUCUCCCUAGUCGUACUGGUCAGGAACUAGGCAAUACCAGCAGUUCAGAAGGAGAAAAAGAUUCCCCACCACCAGAGUGGGACUGUGUGCCAAUUCACAAGUCAGGCAGCUCAGCAGACAGUCUUUACAAAUUAUCAGUGCAAACCCUCAAUGCAGAUGACUUCUUAAAACAACGGCAAACCUCACCAGCUCCUACCUCUCGGUCCCCACCUCCAACAGCAGGUUUUGUGCCGAGAGGCAGCUACAGCAGCAUUGUGAACAGCACUUACAACAACGAUGUCAGAAGCAAUCCUUCCAAUACCAAACACAAGUUGACUAAAGCAACCUCCUUACCUGGAAGGAAUGGCAACCCUACCUUUGCUGCUGUAGCUGCUGGAUAUGACAAGAACCCAGGUGGUAGUGGAUUGGCUAAAACAUCUGCUGCUAAAUCUGACAACACAAACAGCAUUGGUGUGUCUCACCCAACCUCCCUUGACAGUGAUGGCUCUGAUAGCUCUGGCUUAUGGAGUCCUCUCAGUAGUCCUAACAGCCCUGACUAUGCUGCACUCAAUUCGUUUUCUGCAUUUGGAUCCAGCAACUCUUUCAACUUGACAGGAGAGGUUUUCAGCAAGUUUGCUCGCCAUUCUUAUGCCCCUGAACCGAAGAAGAAAUGGAGUGAGAUUGAACCUGCUUCGUUUUGGGAUUCCCAUGCAGUCGACCCUGUACCUACAUGGCCAACCAGCACAGGAUCUCCCACUCAUUCCACAACUUCUAUUCUUGGGAACACCGGCAGCUUGUGGUCCACCACAAAUCCAUUUGGCAGCUCCAUAUGGUCUAGUAAUCCAAACACCAGCCUUCCAUACGCCACUCCAGCCACCUCCUUACCUGGCAUCGAUUUAAUGGGAUCUGAAAACACGUGCCCUGUAUCUAGUUCUCCUACAACUGCUGCACCUCACAGUCCUGAUGCCAUGGCAGCACAAACAUAUGACCCCUGGAAAAUAUGGAGCCCAACCAUUGGACGAAGAAGCUCUGAUCCCUGGCCCAGUUCUCAUUAUUCGUCUGAAAACUAAAAAGAACAGGAAGUAAACAAAAAUAUCCACAUAUAGUCAUGGUGUUUUUACUUUUGCAGAAUCUGCCAAUGAUUCUUGCGGACAUGCCUCACUCUUAUUUUUAAUAAGUACUUGUUCCUUUGUUGCUUUUAUUUUAUUUUCUUCUCGGUUCCAGGUUUUUGAGUGAGCGGAAAAUGACAGAAGCAUUUAAUGUCAUAAUAAAUUCAAAAUUUUCAAGUUUUUUACUUAAGGAACAAAACAUAGAUGCAAUAUUGGCUACUAAAGUGACUUGUCAGAGUCAUUGAGAAAGAUUGAGAAAGAUUGUGAAGCCUUCUUGAAAGAAAAUGUAAAAAAUUAAAAAAAAUACAAACCCAUUCUUCAUUUAUUUAUUCAUUUGCAUAUGUGCCACAAAAUUGUUGCAGGUUAAAUUUUACAUAUCAAACCCUCUGAUAUGAACUAGAAUGUUUAUUUUUUUAAAGCUCCCCCGCCCCAGUAUUAUGUUUCUAAAACUAGAUUUUCAGAAAAAAAAAAUACGUGAAUAGCAGUUUUGUGUUAAAGAAAAAUGCUAAGUAUUUUUAAAGACAUUGUUUAUUUGUUGAUCCAGAUGAACAAAAUGCUAAUCCCGGCACAAGGGCAGAAUGCAAAGCAUUGGCAGAUGGCUAGCUCUCCAUUUUGUGUGCUGGGUUAAGUACCAGAAUGAAAUUUUAAUUUAAGGUGCUCAGUGUAAAAAUCUUGUGCUCAAAACAAGAUUUGUUGAGCAGUUCAUGCAACUUUGAGUUGUACUCUAAAAUAAAUGAGAUGCUUUUUUUCAGUAA